UCCUGCAGGGUUCUGCCUCGGCCAACGCGGCGCUCUCGGCUGCCAGCGUGGCUGCAGCCGUGGAGAACAUGGUGGUCCCGGGGACUGACGGAUGCUCGGAGACCGGAGCCGCUGCUUCACCUCCUGCUCCAACACCCCCUGCUGCUGCUGCACCCCCCGCCCCCCCCGCACCCCCGCUCCGCAAGGCCAAGACCAAAGAGGGCAAAGGUCCAAACGCUCGCAAGAAGUCAAGGCCCGCUGCGAAGCCUGCACCGAAACCCAAACCUAAGAAGGUGGCUCCGCUCAAGAUCAAACUAGGAGGCCUGAACAGCAAGAGGAAGCGCUCAUCU